AUACUAACUCAACUCACUACAACUAAAAACACACUUAGAUCUUCUAAAACCCUAAAAAAAAAAUAUUCAAGAUGGGUUUGGUUAGAUCAGUAUGCUUAUUGGUUACCUUCCUCUAUAUAGUCAUCUCGGUCCAUGGACAAGCCACUGCAAGGCCCGGUGCUGGUUCUGGCACGAGGGUUGGGUUUUACUCGACCACUUGUCCUACCGCCGAAACCAUUGUCCGAAACGCCGUGACAGCUGGAUUCAACUCUAACCCGAGAAUCGCACCCGGGAUAUUAAGAAUGCAUUUCCACGACUGCUUCGUCCUAGGCUGUGAUGGUUCGAUCCUUAUCUCGGGAGCUAACACCGAGCAAACAGCCCGUUCGAACGUCAACCUCCGUGGAUUUGACGUCAUUGAAAACGCCAAAACACAGCUCGAAGCUGCGUGCCCUGGAGUCGUCUCUUGUGCUGAUAUUUUAGCUUUAGCCGCUCGUGACUCUGUCGUCCUCACAAGAGGAAUUAGUUGGCAAGUACCAACAGGACGUAGAGAUGGUCGCGUUUCUUUGGCUUCGAACGCUAACAAUCUCCCUGGGGCCGGUGACUCCGUUGCCGUUCAACAACAGAAGUUCUCCGCUGUGAGACUGAGUACACGCGAACUCGUCGUCCUCGUCGGAGGACACACGAUAGGACAAGCAGGUUGCGGUGCAUUCAGGAACAGGCUAUACAACAGCACUACAGGCCCAGCGGAUCCAACCAUUGACCCGACAUUGUUGGCGCAGCUUCAGACACAAUGCCCCCAAAACGGCGAUGCAUCGGUACGUGUUGAUCUCGACACUGGAAGUGGUACCACUUUCGACACCUCAUACUACAACAACCUAAGCCGUGGCCGUGGAGUCCUCCAAUCCGAUCAAGUCCUCUGGUCCGAUCCAGCAACUAGACCCAUUGUGCAACAGUUGAUGAGUCCAAGAAGCACAUUCAACGCUGAGUUUGCUAGGGCUAUGGUCAGGAUGAGUAAUAUUGGUGUGCUUACCGGGGCUAAUGGUGAAAUUCGUAGGGUUUGCUCCGCAAUUAAUUAAUUAAACAAUUAAACUCAGUGGUAUGAAUCUUAUGAUAAAAGUUCAUAGCUGGAUAAGUACUUGUUUCGAGUGUGGCUGGUUUCAUAAUAAAUAAAUCAAUAGAAAACGACAUAAUUAAACCUAAAGUGGAUUGAUGAAAAAGUGCGCACUAUAAGAUGUCCGCAUUCGAUUUCUUUUGUUUUUACUUGGUAAUAUUAUUAAAAUGUCUUUUAGAGAAAAGAAUAAUAGAAUGAGUUUGAAUCUAUUUUAUCUUCUUAUCUUUAUAUAUAAAGAAGAGUUUGAAUCUCUCCUGAGCAAUACACGUUGGAUUACACGUAGAUAAUUCGUUCGUUUUCGCGCGGACACGUGUCCAAGAAAAUCGAAACUCGGCGUUUCAUUUAAUAUUGAGUCUGGAACUAAACGCAGCGUUGUCGUCUAGGGUUAUUCCCGUGUUCUUCUUCGCCUCUUCUGCGUCAAGCAAUCUUCCAUCUUCUUCAUCACAAAGAUACCAGUUACAGAUUAAUACCCUUAAAACCUUCAAUUAAUAUUUCAUUCACGAUCUACAUUUAAGAGAGUUCUGCUUCUCCAAGGCGGUGGAGGUUCUAAUAUAAAAAGGCUGGCCGCUCCUCCUGCACUGGUCAAGUCCGGAUCCGUUUCUGGGAGACUAGGAAUGUCCGCCGUGGUGGAGAGCUCCUGGUCCUGGGAGUGGAUAUGCUGCUACUAGAUUCUCAGGAUUGGUAAUUCGCGUGGUUUUGCAUUUGUUCGAUUUAAGUAUAAAAACGAAGCUCCCAAAGCAGUGGAAAGGCUUGAAGAAUGCAGCAGUCGAGUUUGUGUGGGUGGUGAACACGAAAGAAAAAGUUGUAGCAAAUCAUCUCAAGCUGGAGAUAAUUCGGCUUGGGAAGAAGGAGCUUCAUGAAGCAAAAAGUGUGGGUGAAACCAAGGUUGAACUUCAAGGAGUUGCAGGAGUUCAAGCAUGCUGGUGAUGAUUCCCUUACCAUUACUCCCUCCUAUCUUGACUGCAAAUAAGAUGAACAUGAAUCUAGAUGGGGGGAAGUUCCAUGAGGUGAUCAUUUCUCUUUUCAAAACUUUCUUCCUCGCAUUGGUUUUGUUAGUUUUCUCAGAGCUGUGUUUGAUCCAAUGGAACGAUCAGAUUUGAUGUGGGGAGAAAAUGAGCUUAUGGCUCAAGAAAUCUGUCUUAUUCUCACCAACUCAUUAACACAAAUCUUAGCAUUUGUUUCAUGUC